AAAAGGUUUGGGUUAAGUGUAUAAAAAUGUGUAUUCGGUUGUCUUUGUUACUAUAUUUAAACUAAUGCACCCGAAAAGGUAUACCCAAAAAGUUUUAUUAUGUCAGACAAGCGUAAUACGUAAGCUAUAUUANCAAGGGCAAUUCCGUUUAUGUGGUAUUAUGACGCAACAACGACGUUUAUGAACUCAUGAUGAGGUGAAAAGCCCACAAAAAAACUAAUAUGGAAUUCUAUUCUCUACUAUAGUUUUGGUAGUAAUAGACAAAAAAGUAUGAAUGACGUCGCAAGUGUACGGAAACUGGCCAAUCAGAGCAGAGCGCGACUUGGUGACGUCAGCAAAGCGGCAGCCAGUAAGAAGGAAGCGAGUCACGUGACGUUUAAAGUACCGACACGCAUUGAUGAUUUGUUGCAAAAGAGAGUUUACUCGGCUUAUACAAAAGGAAGAGCGGAUCCACGAGACGAUUAUGAAGCUUCAAUUACAGAACGAGAAUGGUGGAGAGCGUUCGUAAAAGAAACACCAGUGCCCGGACAUUAUAAGUAUAGAGACUUCUUAUACGAAGGUAGCAUGAACCCGAUACAAGCGACGUAUAACUUCGCAGGUCAGGGGCGAAAUAGAGAGCCGGGGGUCGCACAAAAUGGGGUUAUGCUUCUACCUGGCUUGUACCAACAUAACGACUUUAUCAAACAACUGAAACGACGAAGAGCGGCAUGUUCAUUUAAGAGCUCUGGACGGGCGAGGACACCGCCUGGAUUCCAGGACAAGGACUUGAACGUACCGCCCUGGCGUUACAACACAACUGGUGAAAAUAACUCGACAAAAUCGACGCGACCACAGGGUUGUUUAAGCAGCGCUUUCAGGAGCCAAUCCAAGCGCUUUCCGUCGAGCAACUUAAAACCGCAUGAGGGACCACCACCGGGAUCCUAUGACCCUUCGACACCUGCUACACGAUACGCGGUAUCUUCGUGUUUUAGGUCGGCGACGCCCCGGUUCUCGACAGCGCACACUAAGGUGCCAGGACCUGGGACCUAUGAGCCCACCCUCACCCAGGGGGGAAACAAGGGAAUCCCCCCAAGCAUUACCCAAAUGGGUAGAAUGCACGGACUUUACUUUAGGAACACUUUUGAGACUUAAUAGAAAAAAA